ACUUGACUUCUCAACGGAGUUUAAUACUGUCUUCGCAUGUCUAUGGGGAUGGAUAUUGAAUUGGUGUCGAUGCUAGGGAGAGGAUGGAAAUGGAAUGGAGAUGGUGGACUUUGGACAGUAUACGAGGAACGCGGUCUUUUUUUGUGGCUCUUUGUUAUUCUUCGACCAUGGAGCUAUUUUUUGUGCAAUUGCUACGAGUUAAGUUGAUGAUUGCUCGAGCAUGUAGUGGUUAAUAUGGAUGAAAUCAAAUUG